UCGCUCACUGGCCCGGAUGUGGGGGAGGUGGAGAACGGGAAGCAGGGACCGAGAGGAGAAGAAGUGUGUAUAAUGAGCCCGCUGCUGCAGCGCUGCUCGCUCGGCUGCCUGGUGACAGCUUUCGGCUCAUUUUCCGCUUCCCGAAACAAACUCGUCACACAAGCAGCAGCAGCGGCGCCUCGUCUGUAUUACUCGAGAAAAACGAUGCACUAUCAGACGGAGGAGAGAGGACGCCCCCAUUCUCCCGACUACCGGAUUUAUUUUAAAACAUCCCAAGGAAAAUACAUUUCACCAUUCCAUGACAUUCCACUUGUAGCGGAGACAGAGCAGGGCAAUGAUGUGCCAGCUAAAAAACCCAAGAAGAAUGAGAGUGAGGUGCUCUUUAACAUGGUUGUGGAGGUACCUCGAUGGUCAAAUGCUAAAAUGGAGAUUGCAACAAAGGAACCGCUGAACCCGAUCAAACAAGACGUAAAGAAAGGAAAGCUCCGGUAUGUUGCCAACAUAUUUCCCCAUAAAGGUUACAUUUGGAAUUAUGGGGCACUCCCACAGACAUGGGAGGACCCAGACCACACAGACAAAGAGACAAAGUGUUGUGGUGAUAAUGAUCCUAUUGACGUCUGUGAGAUCGGCACCCAGGUGUGCCUUCCAGGUCAGGUGAUCCAAGUGAAAGUGCUUGGAAUCUUGGCCAUGAUUGAUGAAGGGGAAAUGGACUGGAAGGUCAUUGCCAUCAAUGCUGAGGAUCCAGAUGCCAAAAAUCUGAAUAGCAUAGAGGAUGUCCGCAAGAGCAGGCCUGGUCAUUUAGAGGCCACGGUCGACUGGUUUAGGAAAUAUAAAGUGCCUGAUGGAAAGCCUGAGAACCAGUUUGGAUUCAAUGGACAAUUCAAAGACAAGGACUUUGCUGUUGAGAUCAUUAAGUCUACCCAUGAGCACUGGAGGGCACUAGUGCAGAAGCAGACAAAUAGUGGAGGGAUCGCAUGCAAAAAUAUCUCCUGCUGUGAGAGCCCUUUCAAAUGCAGUGCAGAUGAGGCCAGAGACGUGGUCAAAUCGGCCCCAGCAUUUGGCAGCGCCCAUCCUGUGUCUCCAGAAGUGGAUAAGUGGCAUUUUGUCUGACAGUAUAUGGAGACCAACAAAAUGCUGAACAUCAUAUGAAGAAACGGCAUCUUUUGUAUGAUGCUGGAUUUAUUUUUGGUAAGAACUCAUUCUCAGAUGUAAAAAGUGUCAUCUAUAUUUACCAUCCAAUAAUUUGUUGAAAAAAGAAACUGUUAAUAGCCAUACACUGAAAAUAUGAGCUGGUGAAAAUCUGUACUUUCAUAAUGCUGCAUACAGAACCAGAAGUGAGAUGUCUUUUUCUGUGCCAUGUUGGACUCCAGAUCGAUUUAUUGUUGGAAACACCAAUUCUAAUGUAGAUGUUAAUCACAGAAAGAAUUGGUCUCCUUUCUAUUGAAUUGUAAAUUAUGUUGUAUGUGUACUGCAGUAUUUUUGUGGCAAGGUCCAACCUUGUAUAAGACUGAAAGUUAUGACAAUAUGCUUUAAGUUGUUUUUUAGACUGUAAUCAGUUUUGUUAUUAUAACCACAAACACAACACAAUUUGGAUGUAACAAGUAAAAAAUACCUGGGUUAAUUAAAAAACUAAGGCUUGAACAUGACAUGAUCUCUUUCCAGUUUCAUCUGUAGUUCCACAUUUAAAAACUUAAACAUGUUGACAAUAAUGCAAAGACUUUAGAUAGUAGUAUUAACUUGGAGUAACAAAUCAAUUUGCUUUAAAUAAAUAUAAAUUUUAUUAAAAAAAACACCCACAUCUCAGCAAUAUCAGGAAUGAUAUAAUAAACAGCUUUCAAAUAAACUGCAUUCAGUACAUUACAAUACUUACAGUAUUAAUACCCAUCCUUAAUUCCAUUCUUUGUAGCAUACCAAACUUCAGGAGAACAAGGGAAGCCUUAAAAAAUAAAAUGACAGGCAAAAAGUUGCACAUUUUUUUUUUAAACCUUUAGUGUCUAACUGCAAAAAGACCAAGUGUGUAUCAACUGCUAGCUUAACCUUUGAGCUAGUUAAGCUCAAAAAGUCAUUCAAGUAAUGUUGAUUCACUCAGAAACACUCUGAAGCAUCUUCAAGUAUGGCUAUGCUUUUAACCCGCUAUAUCUUAGAUACCUCGGCUUUCUUAACCACAACCUGCUACUGUAGCUGGGUCCUGUACAACGAAAUUCAACAUUUUUUUUUUUUUUGUAAAUUUAUUUUACAAAACUGGAACAGUUAAAGAAAACUAAAACUUCUAAUGUCUGAGAGAACUGGAUACUAUAACUGUAAACAUUGCUGUGACAGUGAGCAUAAAUUUACAAAGA